UGGCCAUCUUCUCACUUGUUUCGCUGCUGAUUUUUAGUCAGUCUAGUGUUGUUUGCUCAAUCGUCCUCUUUGUAGCUCUUCUCUCGCCGUUCACGAACAGCUUUCAACAUGCCCAUCGGUCAGGUCAACGCAUCUCUCUCUUCCAACAAGUAUGGCGAUGGAGCCGUCGGCGUAACUCACGCAACGGAUACGUCCGGCAAGGCCAGCCAGAAGUCCUCGCUACAGUACGGCAUGGGUGUAGGCGGAACGAGCAGCUACGGCGACGGAGCGGUCGGCAUUGAGACGGCGAAGGCCGUGCCCAAGGCCAGCGACAAGGAGAAGAUGCAGUACGGCAUGGGAGUGGGCGGCACGAGCGGUGUCGGAGCCGAUGCCAUGCACAUCAAGGCUGCCGUCGACGCACCGAAGCCCAAGGCUGAGGGCCUCGGUCAGGUCGACAAGAAGAUGUAGACGAUGCGCGCAUGCGCAUCACGACGAAUGACGACGACGUGCUGACACGACAACGACGACUCGGACAGUUGUACAGAUCUCUCCCUUUUUCUCUCUCUCUCUCUCGUCUCAUGCCCGACACAACAUCACCGACCAGGGUGACUGGCCGGUGCGGCUUCAUCACUGCUCUUCUCCGAUUCUACCUCUCUCUCCCGGUUCGUAUCAUUAUGUUCCGAUCUGCUCAUUCUCUCUGAGUUCUUCGGGGUAAUUUUAUGAGUCAUCAGCGUGGUGCUUCUUUCUAGGAACGCCCUCUGUCAUUGGCAUGCAGUUAGCUCUCUUGCACGCUGUGGAUAGAGCUGUCCUUGUGGCGUAGAUCACUGGCUGUCUGCAGAGCUCUCCGUUCCCUUCUUUCUUUGCCCCCUAGGCCUAGGCCCAAACAACUCAACCACGAACUCCUUCAUUCAUUGCUCUGUCACUGUGUUUUAUUAUUAUAGGCGAUGUUGCUGUUCGCUCUAUUCGCUGUAUUUCUUCAACGACCCUCUAAAUAUGUUUGAUUCCUGUUCCGAAGCGAGCUAACUAACUCCCUGGAUGCUGCUACAGACGUGAUAUACAACAGGCUUUAUAGUUUGAA